UUGUGUCCCAGGAUUCCGUGCGGCUGUCCUUUUCCGCCAUCUUUGUUAUCGUAUCUGGCAGGGGUUCCUGAACCUGUUUGUACAGAAUCAAAAUGCCCGGAAGAUUGUGGUGCAAGGCGAUCUUCGCCGGAUACAAGCGUGGGCUGAGGAACCAGCGUGAACACACAGCACUGCUGAAGGUAGAGGGAGUUUACACCCGCGACGAGGUCGAUUUCUACCUGGGCAAACGCUGUGCCUACGUCUACAAGGCAAAGAAGACCACAAUAACUCCUGGUGGCAAACCCAACAAAACUCGUGUCAUCUGGGGCAAAGUAACACGUGCUCACGGCAACAGCGGCAUGGUGCGCGCCAAGUUCAGCAGCAACCUGCCUUCCAAGGCCAUCGGGCACAGAGUACGCGUGAUGCUGUACCCAUCCCGUGUCUAACUGUUUUUUUGUAUGUACAUACAAUAAAAAUAUUGGCCACAG